UAUAUUCUUACAUCUCAUCACAACCAAUGGUAUAUUCUUGCAUAUCAUCACAACAAAUGGUAUAUUCUUACAUCUCAUCACAACCAAUGGUAUAUUCUUACAUACAAUCACAACCAAACGUAUAUUCUUACAUCUCAUCACAACCAAUGGUAUAUUCUUGCAUAUCAUCACAACAAAUGGUAUAUUCUUACAUCUCAUCACAACCAAUGGUAUAUUCUUACAUACAAUCACAACCAAACGUAUAUUCUUACAUCUCAUCACAAACAAUGGUAUAUUCUUACAUAUCAUAACAAUGGAUGGUAUGUUCUUACAUUUCAUCGCAACCAAUGGUAUAUUCUUGCAUUUCAUCAAAACCAAUGGUUUAUUCUUACAUCUCAUCGCUACCAAUGGUAUAUUCUUGCAUUUCAUCACAACCAAUGGUAUAUUCUUACAUCUCAUCGCAACUAAUGGUAUAUUCUUACAUACAAUCACAACCAAUUUCAAGCAACCAAUCACAAUCAAUUUCACAUUUUCACAAACAAGGGAGCAUAUGGGUACAGUUCAACGUGACAACUUUUGCAAAAU